AUGCCGUUCACAACUACAGCUACCAUCGCCUCGUUCGGCGGCAAGCUGCUAAAACUGACACACAAGGCCACCAGCACGAACUGCGACAUGGCUCUCAACCUCUACUUGCCUCCUCAAGCGGCGAAGUCUGGCGCAAAAGUUCCAGUACUGUUCUAUUUAUCUGGUCUAACCUGCACUGGAGACAACUGCGCAGAAAAAGGGUUCUUCCAGCACGGAGCGAGCGAGAAGGGUGUUGCGGUUGUCUACCCAGAUACUAGCCCAAGAGGGUUGAGGAUCGAAGGCGAAGACGAGGGAUGGGACUUCGGAACCGGCGCCGGCUUCUACGUGGACGCAACUAAAGACCCCUGGAGCAAAGGCUACAAGAUGUACAGCUACAUCACUGAGGAGCUCCCAAAGGCGCUAUUCUCCUCCUUCGACCAGUUGGACUCCAGCAGAGUCAGCAUCACAGGACACAGUAUGGGCGGGCACGGCGCUUUGACGUUGUUCCUGAAGAACCCAGGCAUGUACAAGUCUGUAUCGGCAUUCGCUCCCAUCGCCAACCCAAUCAACUGUCCAUGGGGCCAGAAAGCGUUCAAAGGAUACUUCGGCGAGGACCAGCAGGCGAAGUGGGCGGAGCACGAUGCGACGGAGCUGGUGAAGAAGUGGAAGGGGCCCCUGAAUCUGCUCAUCGACGUGGGCACUGGCGACAACUUCUACAAGCAAAAGCAACUGCUGCCGGAGAACUUCAUCGAGGCGGCGAAAGAGGCGGGUAAUGAUAGUGGAAUCACGCUGCGGAUGCAGCCGGAUUACGACCACAGCUACUUUUUCAUGGCCUCGUUUGCAGACGAUCAUGUUGCGCAUGCUGCGAAGUAUUUGUUUGCCUAG